AGUAUAAAUCUACGACCUCACCACUUGCCUCACACACAGGAAAUCUGCACGCCGCCGGAGAGUUAAUAUUCAGGCUAACACGCAGCACGUUACAGUGACUAUCAUGGCUUCAAUUGGCAAACAUGUGUUGAUGAUGAACAACAAGCGUACUGUCCCGUUGCUGGGGUUAGGGACAUGGCAGUCUUCACCUGGUGAAGUGAAACAAGCCACCAAAGUCGCCCUGGAAUGUGGAUAUCGUCAUAUCGAUACUGCACAGGCGUAUGGAAACGAGGCUGAAAUCGGGGAUGCUAUUCAGGAGUUCCUACAGGCCACGAAGACACCACGUGAUGAGCUGUUCAUCACUACCAAGCUUGCCAUGCCUUUUAUGGGAGCUGACACUGUCAAACCUGCCUGUCAGAACAGCUUAAAGAAACUGAAACUCGAUGUUAUUGAUCUUUUCCUCAUCCAUACACCAUUAGGAAUGAAGUACAUGGGCCUGGACAAACCAUGGGCGAUUGGGCCAGAUGGAAAAGUACAGUUUGAGGCGCAUGACCUCGUCGCCUGCUGGAAGGCUAUGGAGAAGCUGGUUGACGAGGGGCUCGUCAGGUCGAUCGGGGUGUCCAACUUCAACUCUGAGCAAAUAACCAGGAUUCUGAAGAACUGCCGUAUUAAGCCUGUUACAAACCAGGUGGAGUGCCACGCUUACUUUCCGCAGGAAGAGUUGUCGUCCUUCCUGAAGGAGAAGGACAUGCUUUUGACGGCCUAUGCGCCAUUUGCUUCGCCCGGACGACCCAAGGCAAUCCGAAAACCAGAUGAAGGCACUCCUUUGCUGGAGCACCCUGUCAUCGCAGACCUGGCCAAAAAAUACAAGAAAACUCCAGCACAAAUCUUAUUGAGGAACUUAAUCCAGCGUGGUAUGGUGGUGAUCCCCAAGAGUACAAACCCGACGAGGAUACAACAGAACGCCCAGGUAUUUGAUUUUGAGCUAAGUGAGACUGACCAGACAGCUAUCGCAGGGUUAAAGAACGGGAAAAGAUUGUUUGAUGGAUCUUCGUAUGGGGCCAAUACCCAUCCAGAAAACCCAUUCGUCGUGCCAUUUUAGACCUCAUUUGGCGGAAGUGCGACAAGGAUUUAACAGUUGGACAAGAGGCCGGCUUAUUUGAGUGCUUGAAACUUUUCCAAACUUCGUUGAUGCUUUUGCUAUAUGUGGUCAGACAUGCCAUCUGUACGCACCAGUGAAUAUUCAAGUAGUUGAAAUAGCGGUGUCUUGAGAAAUAGAACAACGCGGUGAUUGGUUGUGACUCCAGUUGGUUAUGAAUUUAAAUAUGAAACGGUUAAAAUGGGUAACAAUAUUAUUAACUCAAAUGCUUGUAUAGGUCAUAUUAGAACUAGCCAUAACUUCACUUUGGCGUCUCAAAGUUAAAUCUUCGUUAUAAACCGCAUGCUGCCACAAAACUGCUGUUGUUAAACGCUGUCUCUUUAGAGUGAACUCCUAUAAUAUUCACUGCCGUCAGUUAUGGUCAACUUAUACAAAGUUUGGUGUUAAGAACAUAUCGAAGAUAUGAUCAGUAACAUAUUUGGGUGGCUUUUGAUUUACCAGUAGCGAUAAAGGGGCAGUACUCUGUUAAGCAUCUAAUCCUAUAAUUCAGAAAAUCGAAUGUAUCAUGUCAGAAAAUGAAAUGAAUCAUGUCAGAAAAUGAAAUGAAUCAUGUCAGCACGAAGCAGUUGGUGCGAACCCUAUUUUUAUCAUGUUUAUCACUACUUUCAUGUUUCUAAUGACCUCCUAAGCCAACUAACUAAAGUUGGACAACUAAACAUUAGCAAAGGGGAAUGUGAAAUAAAUGUUGUGUGCACCAGAGGGGACGCCUGAAUUUAUUUUUCUGAUAAUCGUUGUUUAAAACCAUACUAAGGAAUUUUCCACUUAUAUACU